AUGCUUGUCGAGCUCAAAAACGGCGAAACUCUCAAUGGCCACCUGGUCAAUUGUGACACCUGGAUGAACCUGACCCUCAAAGAAGUCGUCCAGACAAGUCCCGAAGGUGACAGGUUCUUCAGACUCGCGGAGGUCUACGUUCGAGGGAACAAUGAAUCCCCAAAGAUCAAAUAUCUCCGGGUACCCGAAGAAAUCAUCGAUCUAGCCAAAGAACAACAACAGCAAAACCAGCAAACUGGUCACGGUCAUGGCCAGCGUGGCCGGGGUGGCCAAGGUCAUCGGGGCGACCAGGCUGGCAGGGGAGACAGAGGUCGUGGUCAAGCCAGGGGGGGACGAGGUCGGAGCAGAGGAAGAGGUUAA